AUGGGCGUUCAAAACGUAUUUGCUAAGAAAACAAGAUCCUCCAGUACAUUUAUACUGGUAGCUCUAUGUUUUGCGCUAUUCACGGACACUUUUGUUUAUGGGAUUAUUGUACCUAUACUUCCUUUCCUCUUGAUAAGCCAUGGCAAUACAGAUUCAAAGGACGUUCAAAAGUGGUCAUCUGUUUUACUGGCGACUUAUGGACUCGCUCUUUUACUUGGCUCUCCUGCGGUGGGCUAUUUUUGCGACAAAUAUCGCACUCGCAAAGCACCACUAGUUUGCGGUUUCGUCGCCAUGGCUCUAGCGACCGUCCUAUUCAUCUCUGCAAGUAAUAUUUGGGUACUCCUCCUGGCUCGAGUAUGCCAGGGUCUGUCGGGCGCAGUCGUGGGAGUUCUAGGAUUGAGCAUGAUCGCCGAAACAUCCAGUCCUGAACAUCUGGGUUCAAAUAUGGCUUGUGGCUCGGCAUCGUUGACAUGGGGGAUGCUUUGCGGUCCUAUGACUGGUGGCUUCCUAUUUUCCCAAUUCGGCACUGUUGGUGCGUUCGGAGUCCCAAUGGCACUGCUUGUGGUUGACAUUGUUCUGCGGAUGUUGAUUGUACAGGAGGAUGAAGAUGAAACAAAAUUCCAUCAGCAGGAGGAUUCUCCUCUCUUGGACAAUGUCUCUGAGAAUACUUCGUUGAGCUUUUACCAUUUCUUGCAUCCAAUCAUGCUGGGGUUGGUAUUUUCUGUCCUCGUCAUUUCUUCCAUUCUAUCGGCCAUUGAAACGACCCUUCCACUAUAUGUCCUCGACACAUACCAUUGGUCCAGUCUGGGCGCAGGACUUGUAUUCCUCCCAUUGACGAUACCCUCCGUCCUCAGUAUCCCAAUUGCCCACUUUGUAAGGCAUUUCACGCCCCGAACGGUUGUGGUAACUGGAUUCUUGUUGAUGGCAGCACCGAUGAUCGCCCUCCGGUGGACUGAAGCAAACACGGUCCACCACCAAGUCGCGAUUAUCUCCUUGCUUUUUAUCGUCGGAGUCUGCCUCACAACAGUCCAAGCGAUUAUUAUGGGGGAUGUCUCCAAUGCAGUGCGCAAGAUCGAAAGCCUUCACGGUAUCACGGAAGAGAAUAGCAGCGGACUGGGACGGGCCUAUGCACUCUGUAACAUGGCAUUUGCUGGUGGUCAAACGCUUGGCCCCAUGGCUGGUGGAUUGAUAAAGCGUGAACUAGGCUGGGGAGUUAUGACACUAGUCCUCGGGAUUCUAUGUUUGGUCGCUGGACUUUCGUCGUUCUUUUCCAUGUUGACAGCCCCACCUAAAAAAGGCAAGAAUAAGGCUAACGAGAACGAUGUUGAGGGGGGUUUUGUUCUAAAG